AUGACCUGGAGCGAUCCUGUUCGUGUGGUGCUGCAGGGGGUACCUGCGCAACCUGACAGCCCGAAUGCCAUUCUCUGGAGUUUGGAGCAGCCGCCGAAGCGGCGACGCAUUUGGGUAGGCACACAGAAACGGAUGCAAGGCCGGACCCGCGACUGCCAGUAUCACCUCUCCGAAGACACCAAGCGCGUGGUGCUGCGGCUGCGCAAGGUCUAUGACACCUUCUCCGCCGGGUCAUGGGCAGCCUUCCUGGACGUGAGGACCGGACGCCACUUCGGCGACUGCCUCGCCUGGCCGCACAUCCUCACGGAGCUUCAGGGGGCCUGGCGAAGUGACGACGAGGAGCCGAUUGAGGUCGUCGGAGAUCAGGUCGUCUGGCCGCGAGGCAGCCGGGAUGUUCUCAUCGUGGACGGGGGCACCGAUACUUUUACUCUCCGGCAGACCGGGGACGGCAACAAGGUCCCCUGUGAAGAGUUCCACGGAUUCUACGAGCGCCAAUCACACCGUGUCCGCUGGGACGAUGGAGACACCUGGUCGCGAAUCCCGGGGCUGGCAUUGUCGCGGAAGGAGGCUGGGCGUGAGGCCCUUCCGCUCGAGUAUGACAAGCAGCUCGCCCGAUGGGUACCAUGGCUCCCAGCAGAGGAGCUGAGGAGGGAGACCCUGCACUGGCUCCCGCCACUGGAUGCAGACGUCGGAGUGCGAGUCUCCAUCGUCAGCGACGAGCCCGAGGACACCGCUUUCGCAGAUGAGGUUCCUCUCCACAUCUCUUCGCUUUCCGGGCCUUUGAAUGAGCUGAAGCGGCAGUUGCUCUCGAGCUUGACAGAGGAGGAGGACGACCAGGAGGAUGGCAAGAAUGCAGAGGAGUUGGUCCUGGCAGACUUCGACGCGCUUCCGGUGGAGUUGCUCCGGAGGUGCCGAGUUUGUGCGCUCUCCAGCGCCGAGGCCGGGAUCUCCGCUGGCAGCAGUCAUCUUGCCGAGAGUCUGCUGGCGCUCCGGCGGGGCGAGCCACUGAGCCGAGGGAACGAGGCGGCGGCAUGUGGCGGUCUCGCGCGGUGGCUGCAGUGGCUGCGCUGUUUCCUGGCGCCUUGCGCAAGGAAGAACGUGGAUGCGGCGCUUGCUUCCCUCAAGGAGCGGCAGUUCCGGUCUUCCAAGGAGGCUCUGACCCUGUCUGCCAGCGAGGUUGCUCAGCUACAGUCGGAGAGGCAAAGUUUCCUGCAAGCUGCGGGAGCAUCGAGGUCUGAGCUUGCGUGGCAAUCUCCUUGGGUCAUCAUAGAACGUCUCCUUUUCGACAUUGAGAGACGAUUGCGCCAUCUUUGGCUGCUCGUGACGCCGCUGCUUGCUGACGGCUGUGGUCAUGGGAGGACGAGCAGCUUCGGCAUCAAGUUUGGUCGAGUACCAGCUGCCGGUGACAGCGUCGAGGCUCUACAGGAGAUGCUCGAGUUCAUGAGCAUGGAGCGGCUGGAGGUCCCAGACCUCGAAGUGCCCGAGGGCUGGAGAGUGACCGCGAGGCCAGCCACAUCGAGGUUUGACCCUGGUGAGGACGACCAGAAGAUCACGAUCGAUAGUUGGGAUGGCACCACCCUGCGAUGGACCGUCGACGCCAAGAAGUUCUUCGCCUUGGGUGGCGACAACAUUGCUGCUCUCCAGGAGGUGCGGAUGAUGUGCGGCAUGCCGAUGCCAGAGGGCUCGUACUUCCAGGCCCGGAAGGAUUUCCGAGGAAGGACUUGA